AUGAGUCGGGGGAGACGCAGAGGAGCAGGGGCGGGGAAAGCGGUGACAGAGGCAGAAUUUGACGAUGGUUCAAGGGAGGUGCCAACAGUCACCCGCUCUCACUCAACAUGUCACACCCGUGCGACCUUUGCCCGAUUAGCCACCGCCCUCCCCCCUGCCGCUCUCUCCCGGCCCAUCCUCCCUCUCAGCACUGUCCCAGCAAAUAUUCGACCGCCCUCUCUGUUCGCUGCCCGCCAACGCUGGGCGAAACGCAGCACGGAUAAUGAGCCGCGGGAGCGCUAA